CUUCUGCCUGGCACCUCCAUUACAUACAUCCAAAAUGAAUCUAGUUGAAGGCACACUUUUUUUUUUUUUUUUUUUUAAGGAUGUAUUCAUGUUUCUUGAAGCAGACUAACAAAAUUUCUACAUCAUGAACAGAAGAAACAUUCUUGAGAACCCGGCUAAACGUUUCUGUAGCCUUUAAAAAUAAUCGUGGUGAGACAGCAAAGCGUUUCAGAUUACGGGUCUUAUUUCCACCCUGUCGAACGAACACAGAACAGUUGGCACCCCUUAAAGAUGCGUGGUAUAGCUGUGCGGGUGAUUACACGACUUAUUUCGUGACAGUGCAUUAUUUAAGUAGAUAUCUUUCUUGUAGUGAACGUGCAUGGUUUGGUAACGAACACUGAAUACUUCUGGCUAGGCAAGUCGGUGGAAUGGCGGACAGGUGUGGUGUAGGAGGCUGUGAUGAGCCGUAAGAGGUUAUAAGACGGUGUGGCCUGGCAAACGGUUGUUAUGGGGAUAAUGAACAGCUGUGAUAAGGUGGCAAGUUGUGAUGGGAUAAGAAGAGUCUCUGCUGGAAAGAAGCUGUGAUGGGCUAACGAUGGGGUGUGAUGAAGUGUCAAGAGGUUGUAGCGGCGUGUAUUGGACUGGCGGGAUGGACUAUGGAGAUGAAGCAUCAAGGAGCAGCGGUUUCCUGCCCACUCCUGAUCAGGCACUGCUGCUGUUCCUCUGCUGCGCUGCGGCGCAGUGGACGGCAGGGCACUCGGCGAGCAAGGUGAACAGAGAAUAUAUCCUGUACGCCAUGGCGCCUGAGGACCGCGGGUCAUACUACGUGAAUCCGAAGGGCGGUCGUUAUAACUACGGCUACAACACUGGCGACGGCAUAGCCAAGGUGGAGGUGCAACAGCCCGACGGGUCCAUCGUGGGCUCCUACCGCUACUUCGAUCCCAACGGGAAGCAGGUGGUGCGCUCCUACGUGGCGGACAACAAAGGCUUCCGCGUGUUGGGGAACGACCUGCCCAUCAGUCCCGACACGCCGAUCUCCCACAUAUCGGGUCUGCCAGCCUUCACCGGCGCCGUGGAGGGCACCGACGCAUUUGAUAUUCCACCACCUCUUGGCUCCGCGUCUCACACUUCGCAGAUGCAGCAGCAACAGCGGCCCCACUACCAACAGCAGGUGAAAGAGCAUAAGCUGAAAGAGCAGCAGCUGCUUCAGCAGCAGCAAGCUGAGUAUCGAAAACAACAAGAGAAACUCGAAGCCUUAAGGAAGCAACUUAGGGAAUUGGAACUGCUUCAGCAGAAACUCUACGGCUCCUUCACUUCACACAGUUACCACACAACGUCACAGCAUCCGACUAAUCUCCGGCCCAUCCGCAACCACCUAUCUCACGGCUACACGUCUCCCUACCGAUACUUUGGAAAAGACAUCAACUACGACUUUCCUGCAGGAUUCGCUUACUCUGGUCUGCCCACCCUGGUCGACGCGCCCCACAAGACUCACUACCCUCACUCCACCUACACCAUCGGCAGGACUCGCUAACGAUGCCUCCUUAGGUAGCCGCAAUCUAGCUAUUGUACAGUCAAACAACUUAUUACUGACUCUAUAUGCCCUGUGGGUAGCAAGGUGACUAGAUAGGGGCAGUGAAAUGUAAACAUUUAAUUAGUCUUAAUCAAUCCAUGUUAAGAGUCAGUUUUGAAGUACAAACCACUAGUUGUUACCUGUUGGCGGAACAGUCUGCCUGCCCUGUUAGCUAGCGGUGGUGGCGGCGGCGGUCAGGGGAGUUGGCGGGCUGUGGGAACGACUCUGACAAAAGGGUUUAGUACUAAUAUACAAUGUGGAGGCUCGUGGAGACGGUUCUGACAGGUGGACCAGGCUCCUCGUUACCCUCUGUCUUAAUCAAUAGUUUGAUAUUUUUAUAGAGUAAGAUCGACACUUUUGUUUCCGGAGAUCAAGAAUAAUUUCAUGCACAUAAAUAUA